UUACCUUUUGUUCAUUUCGUAGCAGUGCGAAGAGAGAGAGAGGAGACGAUCUUUCUUUCCCAACUGAAACUCUCGACGUCAAGUUGCGUAGCCGUCGUCGCACUUGCCGAGACUCGAAAUCCCUAACUCCCUCGUAUCUUUUCUGGAUCGUCGAAGAUGGUAGCCGAUAGCAAAUCCGACCUUUCGCUGCCCAAAACAUUCGCCUGCAGCGCCUUCGCUGCCUGCGUCGCCGAGGUGUGUACGAUUCCGUUGGACACUGCGAAGGUUAGGCUUCAGCUUCAAAAGUCUGCCGUAGCUGGAGAUCUCACUCUCCCUAAGUAUCGAGGAUUGCUGGGAACUGUUGGUACCAUUGCAAGGGAAGAAGGGCUUCGUUCGCUAUGGAAAGGUGUUGUUCCUGGAUUGCAUCGCCAAUGCUUGUUUGGUGGUCUAAGGAUCGGAAUGUAUGAGCCGGUCAAAAACUUGUACGUUGGGAAAGAUCAUGUAGGUGAUGUUCCGUUGAGCAAGAAAAUCCUUGCUGGUUUGACAACAGGUGCGCUGGGUAUCAUGGUGGCGAACCCCACAGAUCUUGUGAAAGUUAGACUUCAGGCUGAAGGGAAACUACCUGCAGGUGUGCCAAAACGGUAUUCUGGAUCGUUGAAUGCGUAUUCAACUAUUGUUAGACAGGAAGGAGUUCGAGCUCUUUGGACUGGUCUUGGACCUAACGUUGCCAGAAACGCAAUCAUCAAUGCUGCUGAACUAGCGAGUUACGAUCAAGUGAAGCAGACAAUCUUGAAGAUUCCAGGUUUCACUGAUAACGUUGUCACACAUAUUCUCUCUGGACUAGGAGCAGGAUUCUUUGCUGUCUGCAUUGGUUCCCCCGUUGACGUGGUUAAGUCGAGAAUGAUGGGAGAUCCUUCUUACAAAGGCACUAUUGACUGCUUCGUUAAAACUCUGAAGGCGGACGGUCCUAUGGCAUUCUACAAGGGUUUCAUCCCCAACUUUGGACGUCUUGGCUCAUGGAAUGUCAUCAUGUUUUUGACCCUUGAACAGGCAAAGAAGUAUGUCCGGGAACUAGAUUAGUCCAAUAAACACUGAGAAACAGAACAUUAAGCAGAGAGAGAGAGAGAGAGAGAGAGAAUAAGAGCAACACUGUUUUCUUCUUUAAUUUCGGUGGUCGAGAGAGGCCAAAACUUCAUUGAAUAUUGUUUUCGGAAUAGAGAGUCGUUUUCAAGCAAAACUAUAAAAUAAAUUUAUGUUGGUUGCUCAAAAUAAAAUUUCUUUUGGGAUA